AAAGUUUCGGCUAUAUAAAGAAGUGUGUUGUUGGUAGUGAUAAUCGUGUGCCACAAAAUAUAAUCCUCGUACUUUGAAAUUAAGGAGUGAAUAAAAUGGAGCGUUCUUCACGUGUGUUUUCAGUUGUUCUUCUCAUGCUUGUUCUUGUGUUGUCCACAGAGAUUGGGACAAAGGUGGCGGAAGCAAGGAUAUGCGAAUCUGCAAGUUACAGGUUCAAGGGAAUAUGUGUGAGCAGGAGCAACUGUGCUAAUGUUUGCAAAAAUGAGGGUUUCCCCGGUGGCCGUUGCCGCGGUUUCCGUCGUCGUUGCCUCUGUUACAAACAUUGCGGUUAAUUGUUAUGCCACGGCCACUUUCCUAUGUGCUAGUGCUUAUGACAUUGAUCUGAAGUACCUUCUUAAUUGACGUGUUCUUAUUGUUGUUUUAAGUUCAAAUAAUGUGUAAUCCUGUUUCUUUUGCGUCGUAAGUUAAAUUGAUCUAUGAUCUUUAAAUUGUAUUCCGUAUGUUGGUACCUUCUUAAUGGUUUGUAGUUUAAUUAAAUUUUACUUUCACGCGUAA